AUGUCCCAAACGAUGAGUGUCAGCGUUAGAGUUCCAGGAAAUACUACAGAACUGGUACUAGAUGCGGAAACCAUUGUUGUGGCACAACUUAAUGCGCUAUUUCGUAAAUCAGGUCUCCACCGUUCUACAGCAUCUACACAAUUACAUAUCAUGCCUGAGGCAGUUUAUGUUCUCACUCAAGAUGAUGUUGCUGUAAUUUCUCAUCAUGCCAAACCUCUUGUAACGUGUAAAGGUAUACAGUGUGAUUUCAGUGCACUUUGUGGGGUGCUUUGGGGUCAUGCGAAGGAUGCGGAAAAUAUCUUUGACAAAUAUUUACAGCAAGGCACACAUGUAGAAGAAAGUCAUCGUGAAACAGGAAUUCGUCAUUUACUUCCUUAUGUGAUUACCGUAGCACAAGUAUUUCACACACUACGACAUAUUGAAGAGCCAUUUGCACGUCAAGAAGUACGUGACGCUGUGAAUAUUGUUCAAAAAGAUGUGGAAAUGGUGGUACGAAUGUCAAUGAAACUUGCUCGAAUACUAGAUAACAAUCUUAAACAUCUUCGUCGUAGUGAUAAAAGAUGUUUAUGUGCAGCAGAACUUGCCCUUGGUGCAGCAGAAUUAUUUGCUGCUACUAUUUCUAUGCGAAAUAUGGUUGAUAUAAGUGCAGUACUUUCUUUUUUUAACUCUGAUAUAGCAUGGCGUCUUAGUGGAGUGGGUAUUAUUUCAACAGAAGGUUAUUGUGAUUCUAUUCGUCGUCUUAUUUGUUCUAUUUUCGCAAGACAACGUGAUUUUACUGGCGUUGAACAAGUCGCUGUACAUUUGCUUAUUCAUCGAUUAGCAGAUAGACCACCUUUUGAAUGGAAAACUUUUCAAUACUUAUUUUAUUCCCCUGGAAAGAAAUCAUCAUCUACAGAAGUGUUAACCCCACAAUAUGGUGUACUUUCUAUUAUGAGUACUGUACAAACGAAUUUGGAAGCUUUAUUACUUGCUAAUGAACUUUGGACUAAAUCACUAAGACGAGAGUGUGGACGUGAACUUCGUGAAAUGAAUGAAAAGAAAAAGAUGCUCUCUUUUUAUCAAGUUCCUAUUCUCGGUAUUCUACAAGGAAUGCCAAGGGUAGAUCUUUGUGAUGAUGCUCAACUCCAUCGACGAGCUACUGUAACACAGUUAUGUACUGAUGAUAAUCUCUUUAAACCAAAUUUUCUUCGAAUUCUUCUUGCCCAUGGCUAUACCGUUCCACAUGAUAAUCACACUCCUUUAAAUAAUACAUCUGUUCUUGCACUUUUUCGUGCUAUUUCUGAAGAACUCUUUCAAAUUUCACUUAUUAAAUCUGAAAAGAUAAAGGAAUUGACAGACAUACAAUUAAAACCGCCUCUAUUAAUAUCAAGAGUUGUUCAGAUUGUUGUUAAUGCCGCUUCUUCUGAUGCAAAAACGGCUCAAGAAAUAUUAAAUGAAAUUCACAACAUUGCACAUGUGAUUUAUGAUAUAAAUGUUACACAGUGCGCAACUCUUAUCUCUCCAAAGAAAAUACCUGAACCUCUACGACGCUUAUCCGUAUCGAUAGUAGGUUUACUAUUUAAUUUUUUUCAACAAGAUGAAUUUAUUUCUAAUACCAAUCAUCGUAUGGCACUAGAAUCUCUAACAAAAUUGUAUGCUAUUCGAACCUUUUUUGUGACGGCUGAUGCUAAUAUUACAGUGGAAGAGAACAAGAGAAUUUUACGACUUAUUUCAAAAAUGCAAAUGAGUCUUGUUGCUAUCACAAAAACUAUGACAGCUUCAGAGAUUAAUACAUUUUUUAAUGAUGUAAUUCUUCCAAGCAGUUCAGAAAAAGAAUUAAAGGUUAAGAAUCGUUUACACUAUGCACUGGUUGAAGCGUACCUUCGUGCUUUUGCUUUUUCAGGUGUGGCAUUGGCGAUGGAUGAGAGUAUUGUAUUACGGCAUUGGGUCAGUACAUCACUUCGUUGUAUGCAAAAUAAACUUAGUGCUGCUCUCGGUAUUGCCGCGUUGGAUUUUUUCACAGCUGUAUUUUUAUCUAAAAGAGCUAUAGCGCCUCUCUUUGUUCCAACCUAUGUGGCUGUACUUAUACCAAUAUCUAGUUCUUCACGAUAUGGUGAACCACCACUCUUUUUGGUUCGUCACUUCGCAAAGACGGUGCGUUCUGUUUGUCAAGCACUUGAGGAGUGUAAUGAACAGUCGUUGGAACGUAUUUUGAAGAAUCCAAAGUCGUCUGUUAAGAAAUUACUUUCUGAAAUGUACAGUGGUUCAGAUCAUGCAAUUCCUUCAAUGGAUAAUGCACGACCUAUUAGCUGUUUAUUACUUAUUGUAUCCACUUUAUUUGAUAAAGCAUGUCUUCUUCUUGGAUAUACGGAAGCUGUAUCUUCAAGACAAGAUCGUUUAUUUAGAUUUCAAGCUUACUUUUCAGCACUCAUUAAUUUAUUAAGAUGUCAUAAUAGUACUGUCCUUCAUCGUGUUUGCGCGUCUGUGGAGGCUAUCAUACUUGAGCAUUUACAUGGAGUGCCAAGUGUACAGGUGCAGUGGAUGAAGUACAUUUCAAGUACUGUGGAUACUGUGCAGGGAACGGCAAAGAAGGAAGUUGCCGAGUGGUAUCUUAAGCUUGCCGCUAAGGUCAAUCAUACCGUUCCACUCGCUCGACUUUAG